AUGACUCAUUUCCAAAUACCAGUUCACGUUCAUCUUGUUUCCAAUUUAACUCAGAUUCUGGUUCGCAAUUUCAUCGGUUCUUUUUCUAAGUACUCUUCAUACAAGAUGACGAAGGGUACCUCAAGUUUUGGUAAGCGGCGUAAUAAGACACACACACUUUGUAGGCGGUGUGGCCGUAGCUCCUACCACAUUCAAAAGUCACAGUGUGCACAAUGUGGCUACCCUGCAAAGAAGAUGCGUUCAUACAACUGGUCCAUUAAGGCUAAGAGGAGGAAGACCACUGGUACUGGGCGUAUGCGCCAUCUCAAAAUUAUACGCCGCAAGUUCAAGAAUGGAUUCAGAGAAGGUUUGCCAAAACCGAAGGGUGUUGCAAGUAAAUUAAUUUAAUCUUGUGCAGAUGUUAAGAUAUAUUCUGACUGGGUACAAUAAAGAACUUGAAUUUUCAAUGAAAAAAA